AUGACGUCAGACGUACGAGGUUUGCUGAACAUCAAGGGAGAGGAUCAAUCUGGUCACGAUGGCGUUUUAUGUAAGGAACGCAGCAAAGCGAAGAAGCAAAACAAAACAAAACAGAAGAAGCAAAUGGUGAUUGAGCAAACGGGAACCCAAAGGGUGUGGUGA